AUGUUCGGGAUCGGUAGAAGGACGGCUUUGGCCAGUUCUAGGCGCGCCGUGUCUACACCAUGCACUAGGGCCUCGAAGCAGUUCCAACCUCUCCUGUCGAGGGACUUCCAUCCAGCACAGGCUAAUGCAGCAUCUCGGCCGACAUGGCUGCCAAUGCGUGUGAAGACGCCUUGGAUUGAUGCCCUGACGAAGGCUCGAGAGGAUGCUGCCAACUCCCAGGGAAAGGCUCCGGCGGAGCACUCGGGGCCCGAUCUUACCCCGAGAAGGAUGUCCGAUAGCUACUACUGCGCGGUGUUGCCCCUGGCACAAGACAAAUGGCUGCUGGACUCGUAUCUCAAUGCAACGGGCCGUAUCAGAUUGGGAGCUCUGUUUAUGGACCUUGAUGCAUUUGCGGGUGUCGUUGCGUACAGACAUACCGGCGACGCUGUAGCCACGGUGACUGCUGCGGUGGAUAGGAUCACCAUUGAGAACCAACUCAAGGAGAUUUGUGAUCUAGAGAUCAGCGGACAGGUCACUUAUGCAACUGGCAGGUCCAGUAUGGAGGUCUCCCUCCAGGUAGCCAAAGCGCCCGCAGAUGGAGAACAGGUGAAGCCAGAGGACGUUCUCAUUACCUGCGCUUUCACCAUGGUGUCCCUCGACCCUAUCACGAGAAAGCCUGUCCCUGUUGCCCCUCUCAAGAUAGAGACGGAGGAAGAACGGCGUCUCUUCAAAAAGGGAGAAGCCAACUACAAAGCUAAGAAGUCCUUGCGACAGCGGAGCUUGCUGGAACAAGCGCCGAACGACGAAGAGAGCAACCUUAUCCACUCAAUGUGGAUGAAGGAGGCUUCAUGGUCGAACCCUAACGUUCCGGACAAGCGACCUUCCAACGUAGUCUUUAUGAACGACACGGUCCUCAAAUCAGCCAUGAUCAUGCAGCCACAGCACCGCAAUCGUCACAACUUCAUGAUUUUCGGUGGUUUCCUCUUGAGACAGUCGUUCGAGCUGGCCUUCUGCUGUGCAGCCUCUUUUGCUCACGCCAGGCCGACUUUCAUCGCGUUGGACCCGAGCACCUUUGAAAACCCUGUGCCUGUGGGCAGCGUGUUGUAUCUGAGAGCGUCAGUUUCCUACACCGAGCCUGAAGGUAAGGAGGGUGAUGAGACCAAAUUCACCAAGGUCCAGGUCAGAGUCGACACCAAGGUUCGCGAUGUUGAGCACGGAACGAGAAAAUCGACCGGCAUGUUCAACUACACAUUCCUGGUAGAGAAGGACAUCCAGGUCAUGCCGAAGACCUACGAUGAGUUUAUGAUCUGGAUAGAUGCGAGAAGACGUGCAGAGAACGCGAAAGGCAUUAUGCCCGGCUCGUUGGGACAGCACGCUCUGAAGGCGAUGGAGAAGGGCUUAACGGAGUAG